GUAUGGAGCCUACUUAAAAGAAAGAAAGAAAGGAAUGCAAAUACUUAUCCAGACCUGCUGAAUCCAGAACUCUAGCAGGGUGUUUUAACAAGCGCUCCAGGCCGUUGUGAUGCAUACCCAAGUUAGAACUACUGGGUUUAUGCAUUUAUGGUCAGCUGUGCUACAGAGUAUAUCUGAAUUAUGGGAGGGACUCCUUCCAGAUUAUACCAUAGGCUAAUGUUUCACAUGUAUCUGCCCUUCCAAGAUGUGAGAGAAUUACUGGAUAGAGAAAAGGUAAAUGUGUGGGGUUGGGGAAAAGAAAGGAAUACUUUUGAGAUGGAUCUUCUGCUAUGCAGUAAUGAUAAACUCCAGUGACCAAGCAGGUCUGUUUCCUUAUAGGUCUUAGGGACUCCCUGCCUUCCAGUUCUCUUUUUCUUAGCUCUUUGGUGACAUGCAGAAUGAGGAUAAUCUGAAUCUGUGGUACUGAUUGAUGAAGGUGGAAAAGUUCAUUUUAGGAUUGUGACUGUGUGGUCAGCAGGUAUAACCAGGCAAGUAAAUUGACUAAGAAAGUGAUUCUUGAAAAUGGCACUGAGGCCAGUUUGGGAGCUUUGAUUAAACGCCAUGAUGUCCCUUCUGCUCGUGAUGGCCAACUGAUCUGAGAACAGGGCCUUUGGUGAUCUACUGGUCUCUUAGUAGGACAUCCUUAAUGACCUCCCUCCUUCUCUCACACCUUAGCCUUUCAGUGGCUAGCCAGAGUCUUGCUGUGAUUCCUUUCCUUGUGACCCUUGUCUUUCCUUGUGACCCUUGUCUUAAAGUCCUAGCUUCUCUAAGUCAACUCCUGACAAGCUGCCCAUCUUUGAAGUGGUUGAGAUCUCUCCGAGAAGUGAACUUUUGAGCCAAAAAGUUGUAUGACUUGAUAAAUAAUGAUUGUGCUUGGCACAGAAGUGGAAGUUUGAGAAAUGGUCCAGGAAUAAACAGUAACAAUGCAAAGACAUAGUGUAGAACCAGUGUUUUAGUACACCUGCACUUUCUGAAAACCUGAUGCGGUUUCUGUAUUGUUCCCAUUAAAAACAAGUUUCCUUGUACCAGGCCUCUUUUCCCUCCUGUCUGAGGAGUGAAGCUGUGAUCACUGUGACCUGGCUGCCAUGAAGGCCAAGGCUUCUAGGAGGCAGUGUACUGACAGUUUGAUCUGUGAUUUGACAUUUAUGGGUACAGACAAAUAAUUUUAGUAGGGAGUCCUAUGUUCUUUGUGUGUGCUUGUGUGUUUUAAUCUCCCUUUGUCAUCCCUCUGCCUUCUAGCUUGAUUUUCUCUAGUUUUUGUUUUUUACCUUUUCCGUUCCCUCUUUGAUGUCUAACUCUGUUGGUAGAAUGCAGAGCACAUGGAGGCCUAGUAAUUUUACCAUACUAGAGCUGGUAAAGUGUCUUUAUUGGAGAUGCAAUUUACACCAUUUUGAGAUCAACUGCUAUCUGUGUGCCUCAGUUGGAGGUACCUGCCCUAAGGAGAGGCAGGAAGUGCCUUUGUCUAAUUAACUAACAAGCAGAAGUUUUCCUAAAUGAUCUCUACCUCUUCUACUCUCUUUCCCACUUUAUUGCCUUUGGCCUGGAGACUGUUUUGUAGCCUUCCUCAAUCUGUUUUUGGGGUUGUGUUGGUACAGGACAGAUUGUAACAUUUUUGUUUUUCUUUCUAGUCUGUGAUUUGAAUCCUCUGCUUUCCCAGUGCAGCUUUGAAUCGGCUUCUUUAAAACCCCUACAUGAAACCUCAAGUGACCAAUAUGUGGUCUCAUUAUGGUAUUUUGGGUUAAAAUAAAAUGAGAUUGAGAUAGCUGGGUUCACCCACCCAGACGUAUUCACCAAAAGGAAACUCUGUGUGCCUUGAAUAAGACAAUCUCCAAAGAGUGUGUGAGCUAAAACGAAAACAGACUUGGGGGUGGGGGUGAGGAAAAGAUAAAUUUUAGCUAGAUUUGCAUAACUUAGCUUGCCAGGUAUCCAUCUCAAUUUGAUUAUACUGGCCAGAGAUAGCAAAUAAAGAGGAGAGACAACUAAACUUCAGAAAAGAUAGCUAGUAACUUUGGUCUGGCCCAGGCAUAUUUCUGGUGUAACUGACGGAGCCAGCCAGGGUCUCCUGUACACAUUUGUGUCAACAGUGGUGUAGAGGAGGUUGGUACCAACGUGCUUUUGGAGCUUUGAAAAGAACUGGAGAAUUCACAGGACUGUAUGGCUUUUCAUUCAGGGAAUUGCUGACCUUAAAAAAAGCCUGAGGAUUUAAGAGGCAUCUAUAAUCUUAAUAAGGUUGGCUGUGCCCUGGGCCAUUCUUUAACUUACUUGAUUGUGCCUGUUAGAGUUCAGAGUAGAUUUCGGGGGACGAGGAGAAAGACUGGCAUUUUUGGAAAGUGGUCCAAGGCAGCCCUAGGAAUUAAACACAGUGGCAUUGCUGCUUCACAGUGUCUUUACAGGACUUGAUUGGAUUGAUGACAAACGGAAUCUCCGACUGCAUGUAAAUCAAGUUCCUACAGCUCAGUGAUGUGUCACAGAUACCUUUUUUAGUACAGAAGGAGAAAUUUUGGCAGGAUGUAGAACUGUGCACUUAGAGAAAUUUAGGAUCUUUUUAUAUAACCCAUGCAAGACCAGUCCAAGUUUGGAAUUACAGAUAAAAUAAAAGGAGUGGGGGAAAAUGAGAGCUUCUUAAAGAGAAAGCAAAUGAGGCCUUAAAGUUUUGCGACUAUGAGCAGUUUUUGCCUUUGCCUUUUUUGUUUGUUUUUAAGCAGUUAUCUGCAAAGCAGUUUAAUAUGGAAGAAGGAAGAGUAUUUCAGAAACUAGGUCAGAAGAAGUAAGCAUGAUUUAGAAGUGUUGUCUUUAUUGAAAAGUUGCUAUGUGCUCUCCUGGGUGAAGCUGUGUUUGUAAGGUUACAUGACCCUUGACUCUCUAUUCCUUACGUGUACUGUAUCACUUCAUGAUAAGGGACAAGUAAGCAGGGCAGAAACUGUCUUAAAAACCGUGCCACUCCGUAGGGCUUGUGGUCCAUCCACACUAAGGUCCUUUUCCUAAUAGAAACACCAAAGAAUGGUUUGUGGGAGGAAGUACCUUUUCCUGGUGUCAACCCAGACCACCUCAUGUGGGUAGCAAGGUCUCUACAUUGUUUUUAAUUAUCGAGCGCAGUACUGGGAUGCGACAUCCCAACCUGUCUUUCUUGCAUACCAUCAGGAUUUCCUAGACUUUGAUCCUAUUCCCCAUUUUUCAGGAAUUUGGGGGGAUAAUAACUUUUUAGCUCACUUAAUUGCCCAAUCCUGUUAUGGACUUACUUGCCAAUGUAAGAAGUCUAUGGCAGAACUUUUUUUUUUGGAAAACCUGUGAGUACCCACCUUCCAUUUGCAGGUUGCUUACAGUAAUGCAACAAAUACUUACUGAGCUUCUACAAUGUAUCAGUCACUGUGUUGUGAACAUAGGAUUCAUAAUUUCUGCUUCCGUGGAGUACUUUCUAGUGGGGGAAGAUGUAAGUAAGUAAUUACAAAUAACCAUUAUGAAGUUGUAAUAAAUGCGCGGGAGAAGUGCGACCUUCAGUAAAUUAUCUUCUGACUAUUUUUUAAAGUAAAUUUUAUAUAUGAUUACCUUGGCUACUGGGUGGCUUUGUAAUGCUGGGCUCUUGGGAUGGGUACUGGUCAGUUCUGAUUCCCUUUCCCUUCACUGCUCCAGGGUCAAGUGUUACAGGAAAUUCUCCAUCUAAGAUUGGACUUGUAAUGGGCUAGAGUCCAUUGUUUCUCCUCGAGGCUCUUCUUUGUGUGGAGAUGCAUUGCAGGACAUUUGGCAUCCUGCUCCCCAGCCAUCCAGUCCAAUGGAUCAGAUGGGCAAGAUGAGACCUCAGCCAUAUGGCGGGACUAACCCAUACUCGCAACAACAGGGACCUUCAUCAGGACCGCAGCAAGGACAUGGGUACCCAGGGCAGCCAUAUGGGUCCCAGACUCCGCAGCGGUACCCAAUGGCCAUGCAGGGCCGGGCGCAGAGUGCCAUGGGCGGCCUCUCUUAUGCACAGCAGAUUCCUCCUUAUGGACAACAAGGCCCCAGUGGGUAUGGUCAGCAGGGCCAGACUCCGUAUUACAACCAGCAAAGUCCUCACCCCCAGCAGCAGCAGCCACCAUACUCCCAGCAGCCACCGUCCCAGAAUCCUCACGCCCAGCCUUCCUAUCAGCAGCAGCCGCAAUCUCAGCCACCACAGCUCCAGGCUUCCCAGCCUCCCUACUCCCAGCAGCCAUCCCAGCCUCCACAUCAGCAGUCCCCGACUCCAUACCCCUCCCAGCAGUCCACCACCCAGCAGCACCCACAGAGCCAGCCCCCUUACUCACAGCCGCAGGCACAGUCUCCCUACCAGCAGCAGCAACCUCAGCAGCCAGCCUCCUCGACGCUCUCCCAGCAGGCUGCGUACCCUCAGCCCCAGUCUCAGCAGUCGCAGCAAACUGCCUAUUCCCAGCAGCGCUUCCCUCCACCACAGGAGUUAUCUCAAGAUUCAUUUGGGUCUCAGGCAUCCUCAGCCCCCUCCAGUAAGGGAGGGCAAGAAGAUAUGAACCUGAGUCUUCAGUCAAGACCCUCAAGCUUGCCUGAUCUGUCUGGUUCAAUAGACGAUCUCCCAAUGGGGACAGAAGGAGCUCUGAGUCCUGGAGUGAGCACAUCAGGGAUUUCCAGCAGCCAAGGAGAGCAGAGUAAUCCAGCUCAGUCUCCUUUCUCUCCUCAUACCUCCCCUCACCUGCCUGGCAUCCGAGGCCCCUCCCCAUCCCCUGUUGGCUCUCCCGCCAGUGUUGCUCAGUCUCGCUCAGGACCACUCUCGCCUGCUGCAGUGCCAGGCAACCAGAUGCCACCUCGGCCACCCAGUGGCCAGUCGGACAGCAUCAUGCAUCCUUCCAUGAACCAAUCAAGCAUUGCCCAAGAUCGAGGUUACAUGCAGAGGAACCCCCAGAUGCCCCAGUACAGUUCCCCUCAGCCCGGCUCGGCCUUAUCUCCGCGUCAGCCUUCAGGUGGACAGAUGCACACAGGCAUGGGCUCCUACCAGCAGAACUCCAUGGGGAGCUACGGUCCCCAGGGGAGUCAGUAUGGUCCACAGGGAGGCUACCCCAGGCAGCCAAACUAUAACGCCUUGCCCAAUGCUAACUACCCCAGUGCAGGCAUGGCCGGAAGCAUGAACCCUAUGGGUGCUGGAGGUCAGAUGCAUGGGCAACCUGGCAUCCCACCUUAUGGCACACUCCCUCCAGGGAGAAUAAGUCAUCCCUCCAUGGGCAACCGGCCUUAUGGCCCUAACAUGGCCAAUAUGCCACCUCAGGUUGGGUCAGGGAUGUGUCCCCCACCAGGGGGCAUGAACCGGAAAACUCAAGAAACUGCUGUCGCCAUGCAUGUUGCUGCCAACUCUAUCCAAAACAGGCCACCAGGCUACCCCAAUAUGAACCAGGGGGGCAUGAUGGGAACUGGACCUCCCUACGGACAAGGGAUUAAUAGUAUGGCUGGCAUGAUCAACCCUCAGGGACCCCCGUAUCCCAUGGGUGGGACCAUGGCCAACAAUUCAGCAGGGAUGGCAGCCAGCCCAGAGAUGAUGGGCCUUGGGGAUGUCAAGUUAACUCCAACCACCAAAAUGAACAAUAAGGCAGAUGGGACACCCAAGACAGAAUCCAAAUCCAAGAAAUCCAGUUCUUCUACUACAACCAAUGAGAAGAUCACCAAGUUGUAUGAGCUGGGUGGUGAGCCUGAGAGGAAGAUGUGGGUGGACCGUUAUCUGGCCUUCACGGAGGAGAAGGCCAUGGGCAUGACAAAUCUGCCUGCUGUGGGUAGGAAACCUCUGGACCUCUAUCGCCUCUAUGUGUCUGUGAAGGAGAUUGGUGGAUUGACUCAGGUCAACAAGAACAAAAAAUGGCGGGAACUUGCGACCAACCUCAACGUGGGCACCUCAAGCAGUGCUGCCAGCUCCUUGAAAAAGCAGUACAUCCAGUGUCUCUAUGCCUUCGAGUGCAAGAUUGAACGGGGAGAAGACCCUCCCCCAGACAUCUUUGCAGCUGCUGAUUCCAAGAAGUCCCAGCCUAAGAUCCAGCCUCCCUCUCCUGCGGGAUCUGGGUCUAUGCAGGGGCCACAGACACCUCAGUCAACUAGCAGUUCCAUGGCAGAAGGAGGAGACCUGAAGCCACCAACUCCAGCAUCCACACCACACAGUCAGAUCCCGCCCUUGCCAGGCAUGAGCAGGAGCAAUUCGGUCGGGAUCCAGGAUGCCUUUCCUGAUGGAAGUGACCCCACAUUCCAGAAGCGGAAUUCCAUGACUCCAAAUCCUGGGUACCAGCCCAGUAUGAAUACCUCUGACAUGAUGGGGCGCAUGUCCUACGAGCCAAAUAAGGAUCCUUAUGGCGGCAUGAGGAAAGCGCCAGGGAGCGAUCCCUUCAUGUCCUCAGGGCAGGGCCCCAAUGGCGGAAUGGGAGACCCCUACAGCCGAGCUGCCGGCCCUGGGCUGGGAAAUGUGGCGAUGGGACCGCGACAGCACUAUCCCUAUGGAGGUCCUUAUGACAGAGUGAGGACGGAGCCUGGAAUAGGACCCGAGGGAAACAUGGGCACUGGAGCCCCACAGCCGAAUCUCAUGCCUUCCAACCCAGACUCGGGGAUGUAUUCUCCCAGCCGCUACCCCCCGCAGCAGCAGCAGCAGCAGCAACGACAUGAUUCCUAUGGCAAUCAGUUCUCCACUCAAGGCACCCCUUCCGGCAGCCCCUUCCCCAGCCAGCAGACCACAAUGUAUCAGCAGCAGCAGCAGAAUUACAAACGGCCAAUGGAUGGCACGUACGGCCCUCCCGCCAAGCGGCACGAAGGGGAGAUGUACAGCGUGCCGUACAGCACGGGGCAGGGGCAGCCCCAGCAGCAGCAGUUGCCCCCAGCCCAGCCCCAGCCUGCCAGCCAGCAGCAAGCUGCCCAGCCUUCCCCUCAGCAAGAUGUGUACAACCAGUAUGGCAACGCCUAUCCUGCCACUGCUGCCGCUGCUACUGAGCGCCGACCAGCGGGUGGCCCCCAGAACCAGUUUCCAUUCCAGUUUGGCCGAGACCGUGUCUCUGCACCCCCCGGCUCCAAUGCCCAGCAGAACAUGCCACCGCAGAUGAUGGGCGGCCCCAUCCAAGCAUCGGCUGAGGUCGCUCAGCAAGGCACCAUGUGGCAGGGGCGUAAUGACAUGACCUACAAUUACACCAACAGGCAGAGCACUGGCUCUGCCCCCCAGGGCCCCGCCUAUCAUGGCGUGAACCGAACAGAUGAAAUGCUGCAUACGGAUCAGAGGGCCAACCAUGAAGGCCCGUGGCCUUCCCAUGGCACGCGUCAGCCUCCAUAUGGUCCCUCUGCCCCCGUGCCCCCCAUGACAAGGCCCCCUCCAUCCAACUACCAGCCCCCGCCAAGCAUGCAGAAUCACAUUCCUCAGGUAUCCAGCCCCGCUCCCCUGCCCCGGCCAAUGGAGAAUCGCACCUCUCCUAGCAAGUCUCCAUUCCUACACUCUGGGAUGAAGAUGCAAAAGGCAGGUCCCCCAGUACCUGCCUCGCACAUAGCACCCGCCCCCGUGCAGCCACCCAUGAUCCGGCGGGACAUUACCUUCCCACCUGGCUCUGUCGAAGCCACACAGCCUGUGUUGAAGCAGAGGAGGCGGCUCACAAUGAAAGACAUCGGAACGCCGGAGGCAUGGCGGGUAAUGAUGUCCCUCAAGUCUGGGCUGCUGGCCGAGAGCACGUGGGCAUUAGACACCAUUAACAUCCUGCUCUACGAUGACAACAGCAUCAUGACCUUCAACCUCAGUCAGCUCCCAGGUUUGCUAGAGCUCCUUGUGGAAUAUUUCCGACGUUGCCUGAUCGAGAUCUUUGGCAUUUUAAAGGAGUAUGAAGUGGGUGACCCAGGACAGAGAACACUACUGGACCCUGGGAGACUCAGCAAGGCAUCUAGUCCAGCCCCCGUGGAAGGGGAGGAGGAGGAAGACCUUCUAGGUCCUAAACUAGAGGAGGAAGAAGAGGAGGAAGUAGUGGAAAAUGACGAGGAGAUGGCCUUUUCGGGCAAGGACAAGGCAGCCUCAGAGAGUAGUGAGGAGAAACUGAUUAGUAAGUUUGACAAGCUUCCGGUAAAGAUCGUGCAGAAGAAUGACCCGUUUGUGGUGGACUGCUCAGAUAAGCUUGGGCGCGUGCAGGAGUUUGACAGUGGCCUGCUGCACUGGCGGAUUGGUGGGGGGGAUACCACUGAGCAUAUCCAGACCCACUUUGAGAGCAAGACAGAGCUGUUGCCGACCCGGCCUCAUGUGCCCUGCCCACCAGUCACCCGGAAACAGGUCACGGCAGCAGAGGGUAUGCCAGGGACAACAGAACAGGAGGGCCCCCCGCCUGAUGGCCCUCCAGAGAAACGGAUCACAGCCACAAUGGAUGACAUGUUGUCCACCCGGUCUAGCACAUUGACCGAGGAGGGAGCUAAGAGUGCAGAGGCCACCAAGGAGAGCAGCAAGUUUCCAUUCGGCAUCAGCCCGGCACAGAGCCACCGAAACAUCAAGAUCCUAGAGGACGAACCCCACAGUAAAGAUGAGACCCCACUGUGUACCCUUCUGGACUGGCAGGAUUCCCUCGCCAAGCGCUGUGUCUGUGUCUCCAAUACCAUCCGAAGCCUGUCGUUUGUGCCCGGCAACGACUUUGAGAUGUCCAAACACCCAGGGCUGCUGCUGAUCCUGGGCAAGCUGAUCCUCCUACACCAUAAGCACCCAGAGCGGAAGCAGGCACCACUGACUUACGAGAAGGAGGAGGAACAGGACCAAGGGGUGAGCUGCAACAAAGUGGAGUGGUGGUGGGACUGCUUGGAGAUGCUCCGGGAAAACACCUUGGUCACGCUUGCCAACAUCUCGGGCCAGUUGGACCUCUCCCCAUACCCUGAGAGCAUUUGCCUGCCUGUCCUGGACGGACUCCUACACUGGGCCGUCUGCCCUUCCGCUGAAGCCCAGGACCCCUUCUCCACCCUGGGCCCCAACGCCGUCCUCUCCCCCCAGAGACUGGUCUUGGAAACCCUUAGCAAACUCAGCAUCCAGGACAACAAUGUGGACCUGAUCCUGGCCACACCCCCCUUCAGCCGCCUGGAGAAGUUGUAUAGCACCAUGGUGCGCUUCCUCAGUGACCGAAAGAACCCAGUGUGCCGGGAGAUGGCCGUGGUGCUGCUGGCCAACCUGGCUCAGGGCGACAGCCUGGCAGCCCGCGCCAUCGCCGUGCAGAAGGGCAGCAUCGGCAACCUCCUCGGCUUCCUGGAGGACAGCCUCGCCGCCACGCAGUUCCAGCAGAGCCAGGCCAGCCUGCUCCACAUGCAGAACCCACCCUUUGAGCCGACGAGUGUGGACAUGAUGCGGCGGGCUGCCCGCGCACUGCUGGCCCUGGCCAAGGUGGACGAGAACCACUCGGAGUUCACGCUGUACGAGUCACGGCUGUUGGACAUCUCAGUAUCGCCGCUGAUGAACUCCUUGGUUUCACAAGUCAUUUGUGAUGUACUGUUUCUGAUUGGCCAGUCAUGACAGCCGUGGGACACCUCCCUCCCUGUGUGUGUGUGCGUGUGUGGAGAACUUAGAAACUGACUGUUGCCCUUUAUUUAUGCAAAACCACCUCAGAAUCCAGUUUACCCUGUGCUGUCCAGCUUCUCCCUUGGGUAAAAAGUCUCUCCUGUUUCUCUUUCCUCCUCCUCUCCACACCCCUCACCCCCCACCUCACACCUUUCUGUUCCUUGUCCUCACCUUACCCCCCUGAGGACCCCACCCUGUUUGAAAAGACAAAGCUCUGCCUACAUAGAAGACUUUUUUAUUUUAACCAAAGUUACUGUCGUUUACAGUGAGUUUGGGGAAAAAAAAAUAAAAUAAAAAUGGCUUUCCCGGCCCUUGCAUCAACGGGAUGCCACAUUUCAUAACUGUUUUUAAUGGUAAAAAAAAAAAAAGGAAAAAAUACAAAAAAAAAAACCUCUGAAGGACAAAAAAGGUGACUGCUGAACUGUGUGUGGUUUAUUGUUGUACAUUCACAAUCUUGCAGGAGCCGAGAAGUUCGCAGCUGUGGACAGACCCUGUUCACUGGAGAGGCCUGUGCAGUAGAGUGUAGACCCUUCCAUGUACUGUACUGUACACCUGAUACUGUAAACAUACUGUAAUAAUAAUGUCUCACAUGGAAACAAGAGAAGCGCUGGGUCAGCAGCAAGCUGUAGUUUUUAAAAAUGUUUUUAGUUAAAUGUUGAGGAGAAAAAAAAAAAAAGGCUUUUCCCCCAAAGUAUCAUGUGUGAACCUACAACACCCUGACCUCUUUCUCUCCUCCUUGAUUGUAUGAAUAACCCUGAGAUCACCUCUUAGAACUGGUUUUAACCUUUAGCUGCAGCGGCUGCGCUGCCACGUGUGUAUAUAUAUGACGUUGUACAUUGCACAUACCCUUGGAUCCCCACAGUUUGGUCCCCCUCCCAGCUGCCCCUUUAUAGUAUGACGAGUUAACAAGUUGGUGACCUGCACAAAGCGAGACACAGCUAUUUAAUCUCUUGCCAGACAUCGCCCCUCUUGGCGCGAUGCUGUACAGGUCUCUGUAAAAAGUCCUUGCUGUCUCAGCAGCCAAUCAACUUAUAGUUUAUUUUUUUCUGGGUUUUUGUUUUGUUUUGUUUUCUUUCUAAUCGAGGUGUGAAAAAGUUCUAGGUUCAGUUGAAGUUCCCUGAUGAAGAAACACAAUUGAGAUUUUUUCAGUGAUAAAAUCUGCAUAUUUGUAUUUCAAACAAUGUAGCUAAAACUUGAUGUAAAUUCCUCCUUUUUUCCUUUUUUGGCUUAAUGAAUAUCAUUUAUUCAGUAUGAAAUCUUUAUACUAUAUGUUCCACGUGUUAAGAAUAAAUGUACAUUAAAUCUUGGUAA